UUCGAGGCACGUGCGAAGUAUUGGCGUUGCUAAUUGCUAUAACCAUCGCAGUCGGAAGGGAGUCAUCGCUGCCUCUUUCCUUCUCUCGACGUCGUCGCCACCCAUCGGGUCCUCCGUCCACUUUUCUUCCGUCUCGUAGUUGGUGGUCUUGAUCCACCGCUGCAUUCGACGUCUCGUCUAUCGGGACGCCCAGAUCUGGCCACUUGGUUCUUUUGUGCGUGUCGAAAUAGGAUUUCAAAGUGUGAAUGAAUGGAAGCUGAAUACAUCCCCCAACCCUGCAACCCUCUUGCUUGCUCUUUCAGCAGAACGAUGGAGAAGUCUCAGGCACACGAAAGAUCAGAUGGCACUGCUCCGGCGACGGCCAUGACCGGUCACUUUGACUGCAACAUCUGUCUCGAUUUUGUGGUGGAUCCAGUGGUCACCCUCUGUGGCCAUCUCUAUUGCUGGCCUUGCAUCUACAAGUGGAUGCAAGUGGAGAGCAAUGCUCACCAGCAGUGCCCUGUGUGCAAGGCCUUCCUCUCUCAGGACACCGUCGUGCCACUGUUUGGUCGAGGCAGGGACAGCAGUCCCAAAGUGGCUCAAGGCAUUCCGCUCCGUCCUGCCAUUAACUUCAACCAUGAUAACACAGUCAGCAACUUGACACAACAGUCUCAGUUUCAGCACCACCACCCCCACCACCACCACCACUUGAAUGAUAGUAUUGCCUAUGAAGAUUCUUCGUUGCUGACUACCGGCGUUGGUGGUUUGGCAUUUUGGAUACUGCCUUGGGUGCACAGUCGUCAGUAUAUUCUCACAUUGAGUGGCAACAAUCCUAGGCUUAGAAGGCAAGAAUUGCAGGUGGAGAGCUCACUACAUCAAAUAUGGGUCUUCCUCAUCUUCUGUGCAGUGGUGUGUUUUCUGGUGUUCUAAAUCUCUGAAACAGCUUUGUAAGUAAUUCAAUUGUGGAUGAAAAUUAGCACGAAUUAGCUGAUGAGUUACUAUGCGGAUUCGACCUGCACACAAUUACGGUUUUGUAAUUACUAUAAUA